GCUAGGCCCUGCCUGCCAGAGAUAGUCUCAGUCGUGGUAUAGAACCCAGAGGGACCCACUGUUUCCAAACUAACUCGAGUUCCACUUCAGCUACCGCCGGGAUGCUGCUCCUCCAUCCGACCAACUGAUCUAAAUCUCCUUGAGAUUGGCUCCUCAGCUGCCACUAUCAUAGACAGAGAGAGAGAGUGGGAAGGAGAGAGAGAGAGAGAGAGAGAGAGAGAGAGAGAGAGCACUGGUUCAUUAACUCUUCCAGCCCCCCUCCAAUGAAACCGCACCUUGUUCCCAAGAGCACCAUCCACCAACACAGAAAAUGGUUGGGAAGUCCCUGAUUGCUGGUCUGGUGGUCCUUCUGGUGGCUGCAGUGAGCUUGUUCCUGGGGGUGUUUAUGGGCCUGGGGAAGAAAAACCCGCCUCUCCCUUCAGACCACUUCUACUCAAAGGCGGCUGUGGCUGCUGAUGCUGGAAAGUGUUCAGAAGUGGGGAGGGACAUUCUGAAGAAAAAUGGCUCAGCCGUGGACGCCUCCAUCGCUGCCUUGCUAUGUGUCGGCCUUUUAAACGCUCACAGCAUGGGCAUCGGAGGAGGGCUCUUCUUUGUCAUCUAUAAUGCUUCCACAGGGAAGGUGGAAACCAUCGAUGCGAGGGAGACGGCACCCAUGAACGCCACCGAAGACAUGUUUGGCAACAACACCAAGCUUUCUCGUACAGGUGGAUUAUCAAUCGCUAUUCCAGGGGAAAUCCGUGGUUAUGAGAUGGCACACAAAAGGCAUGGCCGGCUGCCAUGGAAGGAGCUGUUUGAACCUAGCAUUGCUUUGGCUCGUGACGGCUUUCCCAUAGGAAAAGCUUUGGCUCAUGCCCUCUUCAAGAGCAAAGAUUCGAUUCAAGGAGACGCCAACAUGUGUGAGGUAUUUUGUGACUCCCAAAAAAACAUCCUGAAAGAAAACGAUAUUGUCAGGUUUCCAAAGCUGGCCGACACGUACCAAAGAAUAGCUGACGAGGGGCCUGAUGUGUUUUAUAAUGGGACGAUGGCUCAGAGCAUUGUUGAGGACAUCCAGGCGGCAGGCGGCAUUAUCACCCUGGAUGAUUUGUCAGAGUACCAGCCUGUGCUGAAUGAGAACCCUCUCAAGCUGAACGUUGGGGAAUACACCAUGCACGUCCCAGACGCCCCCUCCAGUGGCCCUGUGCUGGCACUCAUACUGAACAUAGUGGAUGGAUACAACUUCACCGACACAAGUGUCUCUACAUCAGAGAAAAAGACUCUAACAUACCAUCGCAUUGUGGAGGCUUUUCGUUUUGCUUAUGCCAAGAGAAGCAGACUGGGAGACCCACGUUAUCUCAACAUUACUGAUCUAAUCCAAAACAUGACCUCAGACUACUUUGCUGAUGGCAUAAGGAGUAAAAUUACAGAUGACACCACUCACCCAGACAGCUACUACGAACCUGACUACUUCGUCCCGGACAACCACGGGACGGCUCACCUGUCAGUCAUAGCGGAGGAUGGAAGUGCUGUGGCAGCCACCAGCACCAUUAAUCUGUACUUUGGUUCUAAAGUGAUGUCUCGAUCGACUGGAAUCAUUUUCAACGAUGAGAUGGAUGACUUCAGCUCUCCAUACAUGACCAAUGGCUUUGGAAUCCCUCCAUCACCCAACAACUUCAUCCAACCAGGCAAGAGACCCCUGUCUUCCAUGUGUCCUACUAUCAUCUUUGACAAAGAAAACAGAGUGAAAAUGGUUGUAGGAGCGUCUGGAGGUACAAAAAUCACCACAGCCACCGCCUUAGUCAUCCUGAACUCCUUGUUCUUCAACUACGACCUAAAGAAGGCUGUGACGGAGCCGCGAGUUCACAAUCAGCUUAAUCCAAAUAUGACGGUGGUGGAGCAGGGCUUUGAGAGGAGUGUCCUGGAGGGUUUGGCCCAGAAGAACCACGUAACACAGCUGCUGAGCAUCCCAGACUCUGUGGUCCAGGCCGUGGUGCGGCAGGGAGAGCGUCUCUGUGCAGAGUCCGACCCCAGAAAAGGAGGCUAUCCAGCGGGAUACUGAACGUCUUUCAGGUUCUUCUCUGCUCCCCUCAGUGAGGACGCUCUCCUUAAAGACACUCGGACAGAACCACAAAUGAAAAAAAAAAAACAGGUGUCCACACUGAAGACUCAAGCAACACUGGAGCAGCUGUGGAAGCACAGGAACUGCUCCUUCUCUGGACCAUUUAAAUAUAUCUUUUACUCAGUUAUUCAGCAUUACUUCUUUUUUUGGAAUUAUAUUAGCAUUUUGAAGUAAAGAAGGGGUUGUAUCUAGUUUGACUCUUGUAUCAUCACUACUGAUCAGGAAGGUGAUGUUUGAGGACUGGACAGACCCAAGAUGUAUCUGCUUUCCUCAUUAAAAUCAGGUCAUGUCUGACACAGCAUGCAUUAUAUUAAUAAAAACAACCAAAUAAAUACCAGGCAUAUGAAAAUGCCAUAUUAAGAAAUCUUUUGAGAUUUCAUCCUUAACUAAGAAUCUGAGUGGUAGAUUGUCCAUGUAGUGUUUCUUUUCUUUUGUAAGGAAAAGCUAUUGUGAAUAAUUGGACAGUUUGUCUGAAAAAGGAGGCUUUGUUUUUUAAUGUCAAACUGGUAAAAAAAAAAACCCUCAAUUUUAACACUCAACCUACAAGCUGGUAUUCCAAUUAAAAAUAAGGAUAUCUCAGGUUGUUUGCCCGUUUUACCAAAAUGUCUUGAUCCUGAGACGGACAUCAUUUAGAGGAAACUCACUGUGCUGUUUUCUUCUGUGACUCUACAGUGAAAUUAUCGCUUCUGAGCUGUAAAUGUUUAAUAUCGAGUAGAGGUUAAGUGAAUGUAUAGUGUAUUCUGAAAAAUACAUUUGCAGAUAUAUUUUUCUAAACAUGCAUUGUUCUUAUGCCAUGUUUGUUGCCAUGCUUGUUAUUAAACAUUUUGAACAAAGAUGUUAUAUUUAACCAGAGAAACUGUGCUGUUUCUGUACUGGAAUAUUAGGCACAAAAUUUCUCUUUUCUUUUAAUUUGUGGUUAGUCACAUUUUUGUUCCUCCGUGGACAUCGUGUAUUGUGGUAAGUUCAUUUAAUUGAGGGCACAGAAAAUAUGAGAACGGCCCAAAGCUUCAGUGGUAGUACAGUUAGUACAAUUUACCAGAGCUACUAUCUACAGUUUUUGUCAUUUUUGAUUAAUCAAUUACUCUAAUAUUAUUAUAAUAUUCCAGGCCCAAUGUGAUGUGUUCAAAUUGCUUUCCAAAAACGGAAGAAACUGUACUAUAACAUGGUGUUUUGAGCUAAAGGCUACUUAGGCCCAAAGGAAACUCAACAGCACCAAAAUAAUAAUA